AAGUUAGAAACUUAGAAUUAAAAUCUCUCACUCCGGAUACUACUACUAAUACUCAAAGCUCUAGGGUUUCUCUCACUCCAUUUCCUUCUCCCCGCUCAAUCUUUGGCGGGAACCCUCCUCACCUAAAAACAAAAAAAAAAAACCCAAAACCCCCAAAUCUCCUCUUCAUAAAAACAAAAAACAAGAGACAAUUCACAAUUCCAACACAAAAAACUCAGAGAGAGAGAGAGGGAAAGAGAGAAGAAGAAAAUGGGGAAAGACGAAGAGGAGAUGAGGGGAGAGAUAGAGGAGAGGCUGAUAAACGAGGAGUACAAGAUCUGGAAAAAGAACACGCCUUUUCUCUACGAUCUGGUCAUCACGCACGCCUUGGAGUGGCCUUCCCUUACCGUCGAGUGGUUGCCUGACCGCGAGGAACCGCCCGGGAAGGACUAUUCCGUCCAGAAGAUGAUUCUCGGCACUCAUACUUCCGAGAAUGAGCCCAAUUACCUCAUGCUUGCUCAGCUCCAGCUCCCGUUAGACGACGCCGAGAACGACGCCCGCCAUUACGACGAUGACCGCUCUGAUUUCGGCGGUUUUGGCUGCGCUAAUGGGAAGGUGCAAAUAAUUCAGCAAAUAAAUCAUGAUGGGGAGGUUAAUCGUGCACGAUAUAUGCCUCAAAACCCAUUUAUUAUUGCUACUAAGACAGUUAGUGCAGAAGUUUAUGUUUUUGAUUAUAGCAAACACCCAUCUAAGCCUCCGCUAGAUGGUGCAUGCAGUCCCGACUUAAGAUUGAGAGGCCAUAACACUGAAGGAUAUGGUUUGUCGUGGAGUAAGUUCAAGCAGGGUCAUUUACUGAGUGGCUCUGAUGAUGCUCAGAUAUGCUUGUGGGAUAUUAAUGCAAAUCCUAAGAACAAGACCCUUGAUGCCACACAAAUUUUUAAGGUUCAUGAAGGUGUUGUAGAAGAUGUAGCAUGGCAUCUGAGGCAUGAAUACUUAUUUGGCUCUGUUGGCGAUGAUCAGCACCUGCUUAUAUGGGAUCUUCGGACUCCAUCAGUGAGCAAGCCUGUCCAAUCUGUUAUUGCUCAUCAAAGUGAGGUAAACUGCCUAGCUUUCAAUCCCUUUAAUGAAUGGGUUGUUGCAACGGGGUCUACUGAUAAAACUGUUAAGUUGUUUGAUCUUCGCAAGAUUACCACUGCACUUCACACCUUUGACUGUCACAAGGAGGAGGUUUUCCAAGUUGGCUGGAAUCCAAAGAAUGAGACCAUAUUAGCAUCUUGUUGUCUUGGUAGGAGACUUAUGGUGUGGGAUCUUAGCAGGAUUGAUGAAGAGCAAACACCAGAGGAUGCUGAAGAUGGACCGCCAGAGUUGCUUUUUAUUCAUGGCGGUCACACGAGUAAAAUAUCUGAUUUUUCGUGGAACCCAUGUGAAGAUUGGGUUGUUGCUAGUGUAGCUGAAGACAACAUACUUCAAAUCUGGCAAAUGGCAGAGAACAUCUAUCAUGAUGAAGAUGAUUUACCAGAAGAAUCCACAAAGGCUGCUUAGUGUAAUUUCCUAGUAUUGACUUAAGACAAGUAGCCUGAAAAAGAAAUAGGAAAGGAGCAACUAGGUAUUUUCCUUAUUUAUUUGUUAUUGGUUUCCCGUGUCUCUCCUUGUAGUCUAUCUGUGAGAUUUUGUGUUUUAGUUCUCUGUUAAACUGAACUGUCCAUGUAUCAUCCGUGCAUAGUUCUCCUAAUUAUUUGCCAGACUCAGCUUCGUUUA